AUGACUUCCGCCGAAAAUCCUCAAAUUGCCGAGCUACGCGCGAAGAACCAAGCAACUAUCGAAAAAUAUCUCAAUUUCCCCGGCAUCGGCCGUCUGGAAUGCUUCACUGACGACGGAGUCAAAGAACUGACCUUCGCGACUCAUCCGUCGAUCUUCAACCCCGAUUGCGAGUCCCCUAUUGCAUGGAGUGGCAAAGAAGAACUCAAGGAAACGUUCAUAUACAACGCCGACAAUUUCCGUGGCGAAUGGAAAAGCCCUACAAUCUACUCAACUCAGGAUCCGAACAAGUUCUGGGUGGAAACAGCACUGGAUGCCACCUUUCUAAUUGACGGAAAGAGGAUUCCAUACAAACAACCCUACUAUGUCAUGUCGUUUGAUAUGGAGAAUGGGUUGAUUCGGAAAUUCAGAGAGAUUAUGAAUCCGUUGCAAGUCAUCAAGACGCAUGGCUGUGAGAACCACGAGCUUCUUCUAAAGAGGAAUGAGCCCGUGGAGUGA